AAACGCGCCCAACUUGACACUCAAUUGGCUCGUAGCUUCAAACAGAGGCGGAGCGACAAACGUGAAUUUACUUGUUUCAAAACGUGACUCUGCUUUUGCCGUCCCGUGACGUGUGAGCUGUGGGCGUAUCCGUCUCACUGGCCUAUCCCAUCAGCCAAUAAACAGUGUGCGUUUGUUUCUCAUUCGCGCUCAAGGUACACUCGCUACUCCGCCCACCUAUUGACGCUCGGCUUCUAGAAGUUCCCCGUUCGCUGCCUGUGGGGGAAAAGGCGGGACUUGGAGACAUGGGUUUCUCUAGGCCACCAAUCGCAGCUGGCUUCUUCUGAAUAACUAAUAACCGUGUGUGCGGAGUUUCCGUUCCCCCCGCGGUCAUUGCUCCGGUUGCGGUGUAGGUUACUGAGUGCGAUAUGGAGGCCUCUUCCUGCCCUUCCAGUCCGGUUACUCCAUCUCCGCUUCUCGGCGGCUCCUUCCCAAUUGUGCUAAGAAAGCUCUUAGAGAACCCGCCCAAGGACUUUCUGGAGACUAGAGAUGAGAAAGACAAGAGCAAAUUGGACAAGGAUGAUGAUCAUGAUUGUAACUCUCUGGUGGCCUCUGCAUCACUCAUGCCCCCUAUCUGGGACAAAACCAUUCCAUACGAUGGGGAAUCCUUUCACCUUGAGUAUAUGGAUCUAGAUGAGUUCUUACUGGAGAAUGGAAUCCCUUCCAGCCCAACACAGCUUGCUCAAGCCCUUCAGAAUCCACUUGUGCCUGUCUCUGAGCUUGAAAGUGACAGUGAACCAGCUUCAACUUCAGCUGCCUCACCACUGUCUCCCUCUGUACUACUGCAGAAAUCUGAGGUUAAAGAUUCUGAUUCAAAGGCAGAGGAAGACCCUCCAAGCCCUAUUGAUCCAGAAAAGGUAGAGAUACAAGUUAACUUUAACCCUGAUCCGUCUGAUCUUUUGCUUUCAACUGUGCCUGGUGAGGAACUUUUUGAUCCCAGAAAGCAUCGGUUUGCAGAAGAGGAGCUGAAGCCUCAACCCAUGAUCAAGAAAGCCAAGAAAAUAUAUGUUCCAGAAGAUUUGAAGGAUGAAAAAUACUGGACACGACGGAACAAGAACAAUGUUGCAGCCAAGCGUUCCCGUGAUGCCCGGCGACUCAAAGAAAAUCAGAUCACUGUUCGGGCAGCCUUCCUGGAAAAAGAAAACUCAGCACUGCGCUCAGAGGUGGCCGACCUCCGCAAAGAGCUGAGCAAAUGCAGGAACAUCAUUUCCAAAUACGAAAAGCAAUUUGGACUGUUGUAAGCAUUCUUGUGUAUACUGACCCUCUUGCCCCAAUAUAGUUACAUAGGGUUGAAAAAAGACCAGAGUCCAUCAAGUUCAACCCAUCCAAUAUCUUUACCUUGAUUAUAGCAUCGCCUGGCAGUUUUGUCAUUUACAAGUACACAAUAUUCUAUGUAUUACUGCAAACAUAGUUGGUGAGAACUAUAUAAUAGAUAUUGUUUGGGCUAAGAUAGAAUUGUGGCCUCUCUUGUUUAUGGUUGAAAGUCCUCCACCCCUGCGACAAAGGAAAUGCUAGAAAUUUGUUGGGUGAAAGGGAACUUAAGCUAUAUCUGAAAUUGUUUUUGUACAGCAAUACAAUGAAGGAAGCAAGGACUGAUUGGUGCCCACUUUUAUAUAUCUGCAGCAAAUAAGAAAGGUGUGGCUUAUAACAUUCAUUAUGGGUCACAGUUAACACUGCUGCAAAGCUGGCUUACACUAGCCUCAGAUGGAACAAACUGCCAGCACAAGAAAAGAUUAAGAAGGAAAAAACAAAUAAAACCCUUCAGGAUGCACAGUGACAAUUAGUCCUGUGCAGAUAUCCUAGCCAUCUGACUCUUCCAAGUGUUUUUAUAUAUUAUGUCUUAACUACCUCUAAUAGAGAGCUGCUGUGUGGUUUGGGUAACUACAUCAUUUCAGAAUGUUUGCUUUCCCAAAGUAUUGUGUGGAAUAUGCUGGUCAUUUUUUUAAAGGUAAAUGUAACCCCCCCCCCCCAACUUUUUUUUUUUCUUAACUGGGGCACUGAUUAGAGAGAAUCCUAUUUAUCAGAGUUUUCUACGGUUAAUAAGAGCAAUGGAAUGUAUAAUUGCAACAUUUUUUAAUCAACAAACCUCUAUGCCAGGCAGGUUACAGUUAUGAAGCAGGAAAGAUAAUAUAUGUGUACACAUACCAUUAUGAAGCAGUGCUGAUAGGUUUUGCUUUGUCUGCCACCUUCUAAGGUCAAGAGCUAAUGUCCUUGUGUUUUUGCAAACUGAUGGUCAUAUGUCUGUCCAUAUAGAAAGCAUCAUAUAGUGUAACUAAAUCAGUAAUGGCUAAGGCCACUGACAGCCAGUCAAGAUAGCCUUUUUAUUGGCACGUUAGAUGUAUGCAGUAUGGGAGAGAUGCUUAUUCAGAAAAAAAUACAAAAUGAAUCAUAAAAAGCCCAACUAAAAAGCUGCUUAGGUUACAUCGGUAACAUACUUAAACUUAAAUGAAAAAGCAAGGCCUUCUAAGGAGUUCAGCUUUUAAUUAAGUCCAUAAAAUAAGGUUCUCCUUAUAAAGAAUGGGCAUGGGCUUAAUAGGCUUUGGCCAUGAGUCUGAAACAUAAAGUGACCGUAGAAUUUGCCUGUUUUUCUAACAAUAACUGGAAAUCACCCACCUUGUUGCUUUCUUUUCACCAUGGAUUUAGUUCUGUUCGUAGCAUUUAUAUUAAUGGAGCAUUGAUUUGGGAACCCUCCUGAAUAACAUUCUCUCUAUUCAGUGGAACUGUCUGUUUGUAACUCUUGUACUGACACUGUUUUGCUUUUAUUUAAAGUGACUUCAGCGAUUCAGAGUGAGACUACUUUCAAAUUUCUAUUUUGUCCAAACGACUUACAGUAAAACCUUCCAGCACUGAAUAUCAAUGGAAAUUACUAACCCAAAUUUUUCCUAAAUGCUGGCAAUGCAUUUUCUCAAGAACUAGAAGGCACAGACUCCAUCCGGCAACCAAGCCAAUCAGAUUUGCUUAGAUCCUUUUUUUUUAUAUAUUCUGAAAACGUUAAAAAGAGUGCAUCCCAUAGUAGACAGUUUGUUUGUCCUGUUGGUGUGGAAAUGAAGAUGAUGACAUGUUCAGUGUGUGCCUUGCAUAUAGUAAUGCAGUGCCAACACCUGAGUGGUAAAAUGGCUUUGCAUGACCAGUAUGUGGUUGGGUAUUGUACAUUGUAAAUAUGAUUCUAGGGAGUAAUUGCAACAAUUUCUAAUUAUUCUGCUUAGACCUUAGCAGUUCUGUGUGGGAAUAAUAAAAUGUUCUUAUUGGGCCAGUAUAACCGUAUCACAGUAUAAGGUUUGGGUUUAUCGUCACAAGAAAAACAAUAUGAAUGACUUGUAUAAUGUGUACAGUUUAUUUUAUUAUUACAGUAUUUUUCAGGGCUUUGUCAUAUUUCUUAUUAGUUUGUAAUUUACCUGCUGGUCUCCAAAUCGAGUAAAACUACAACUCUCCACAUCCCACAGGUAUCUAAUAAUGAUUCUGUGAGUUGCAGUUCAGUAUCUGAAGCACCUUAGAUUGCUCAAUGCUUGUUUUUACAUUUUGAAAAUGGUGGUAGAACAGCAGCUGCGCAGCUAAACUGUUGGGAUGCAGAAUUCUCAGAGGUGUGCAGACAGCCAUUUCUAUGAUUAGAGCGCUUCAGAAAAAGUAGGGACCCAAGCAAAUGCAAUAGAAACUCGUGUAUGCAAUAUUUUUCUACUUUGUAAAGAUAUUCCAAUUAAAUUGAGCUCAUUUAAAGACA